GCUGAGGUGCUUUUAUUUAUUUUUUUGGACUGCUGAGGUGCUGACCUACGUUACCUUCCUCUUUGUUCAUGAAGUGUAGCUACAUGCCAUGACAGGAGAGCUGUUUCCCCGUUUCCAGUCUUUGUGCGAAGAUCAGCUAACGUUAACCGACUGCACCUGUAUUGUUAGCCUCUAAUUCGUUUUCUUUUUAGAUUUAACGGACACAUACGAGUGGUAUUACUUGUCUCUCUCGGCAAGAAAGUGAAGAGCAAUUUCACAAAAUGUCAACAGAUCAAAAAGGUCGUUUUUAAAUGUAUUUUAAGUGACGAAUCACUAACGGAUUAAUUAGCUCACAAAUGAGACUCGUAUUUCCGAUAUUUCCGCUCGCAUUUGAAAGCAGCUGCGAUCGCCCCCAUGUGUUCGCCCUAGAGAGCUUUUCGGGGUCAGUCACACAGAUCGUGCGCUACGGGUGGUCACACAAAUCGACUUUGGGCAGGUGUUCGUCCAAAUGACCGACCCUCUGUGAGCGUGAUUGUUUGAUUAUUUAAACCGCUUUAAAGCCAUCAUGACAGACGUGUGGAGCGAUCGGCUCUGCUGCAGUUCACAGCCCCCCCCCACCAACAACAACACAUCCUCUUGAUAUGUGCUGUCCUGCGGACUGGGCGGUCUGUUGGUUUCGUACAAGGGCGUCGACGUUUUAUUGUGUUUUUACUCCAAUUUGCUAGCAUUUUGUGAUCUACUCGAUCGCAGCAGCAGAAACUACUGCAGCAGCAGCGACGUCCCAAGGAGGGGCAUCCCCCUGGAGUUUAUUACAGAAGAGGACGCACCACGAACCAGGGAGUCGAGACAGAGACUGACAAGAGCAAACAUGUUCGAGAUGAGAGGAAUCCCCUUUGUCCUGCUCGACAUAGCCUGUCUGGUUCUAGGUGGUCUGCCUCUGGCAGCCUUUAACCUGGGUAAGAUCCGCCCCUACCAGAGGGGCUUUUUCUGUAACGACGAAAGCAUCAAGUACCCUUUCCAUCACGGCACAGUCUCCUCCACAGUGCUCUACACUGUAGGCUUCAUCCUGCCCAUUAGCUGCAUUAUCUUUGGCGAGUGCCUUUCAGUUUAUCUAAAGCGCAUCAAAUCCAAGUCCCCUUUUGGCAGCUACAUUUCCUGUGUUUACAAAGCCAUCGGUACCUUCUUGUUCGGUGCCGCGAUGAGCCAGUCUCUGACCGACAUAGCCAAGUACUCCAUCGGCCGGCUCAGGCCGCACUUCCUGGAUGUGUGCAAACCUGAUUGGAAACUCAUCAACUGCUCAUCAGGGGCUUAUAUUGAAGACUUCACCUGCACUGGAGACGCAAAGAUGGUCAAUGAGGGCAGGUUAUCCUUCUACUCUGGCCACUCCUCUUUUUCCAUGUACUGCAUGCUGUUCCUGGCUCUCUACCUGCAGGCUCGACUCCAGGCUGAAUGGGCGAGGCUGCUGAGACCCACACUCCAAUUUUUCCUGAUUGCUGCCUCAGUGUACACGGGAUUGUCCAGGGUGUCCGAUUAUAAACAUCACUGGAGCGAUGUGCUGACUGGACUGCUGCAGGGUGCGCUCAUGGCUCUCCUGGUGGUUUUCUGCGUGUCUGACUUUUUCAAGCCACGAGUAGAUGCCCAUCAAGAAGUCAACAUCCCACACACAACCCUGCAGGAAACCCCAACAAAUGGAAACCACUGUGAGAGUCCUAACUAAGCUGAGAGGUGGAGCACGACACCUUUCUGCUCGGUCUAAACGCACACCCAGGAUCCCAACUCUCUAGCCUUUAUCUCUCGCAAAUUCUCAUCCAAUACCCUGCAUGGAUUUACAGUUGAUUCUUACUUCAAGUAAGCCAAUGGAUGACUGCAUCCCAGAAGAAACCUUUGGAAGCUACACCUCAGGCCUGUUCAGAUUUCAAGACUUUAUAAUUUUAGGCUGUCCUGUCCGCCUAUUCUCCAUCUGGAAGGAAAGUGGCGACUACCUGUCCAAGCCUUGUAGAUAUGCUUAAGUGACCGAGACAGACGUAGUUCAGGGGCUAGAGAUUUGUAAAGACGGGAACCAUUUAGCAUGUAUAUAUCUACUGAGCUGGUGGGAAGACUAAAUUGCACGCACCCACUAAAAAGGGUCUGACCACUGCUAAGAGAGAGGAGGGUUGGAAUCACGUGAAUGUAACCUUGCUUUGUUCUUUUCCUGACCUGGAGUCAGUCUGCUCAAGGAUCUGAUUUAGAAUCCGUUUUAGUUCGGCUCCAGCAUCCAGAGAGACGCGGAGUCUCAUCACUUUGCUGCCUUAGGUCAAGUGUUAUGUAAAGGGCUAAUUAUAAGAAGAAUGUUUGCUUCUCAAGGCUAGAAUGUGCUGGAGACUAAAGCGGAUCCUAGACCAGAGGGCAACACAGCUUUACAUCUGGAGCUGCAGACGCCAGGUCACUGCCGUCGCACUCUCCAACCGUCUAAACUCAUAAAGUCAAGAAGGAAGCUUUAUCUGUAACACGUUUGGUUAGAAAGUUGAAGAGUAGACGGUCAGUUUAUGUCCCGUGUUGCCUUUGCUGGACUUUUACUGCUGCUAUCACAGCUCCCUGUGUAUCUAAGAAGUAACAAACAUCAAGUGAACAGACAAUGUAAUUUUGUUUGUAUAAUCUGUAUGUACAAAAACAAAUCACCAUACAGACUUUUACUGAAAAAAAAGUUACUAUUUACAAAUGUCUCAAGAAAAAAUAAAGCCAUUUUACUUUUUAACAUGCACAGAAAUGAAACAAGUGUUUAAUGUAUUAUGUCAUGUUUACUUUCUAAGCCAGAUAUAUCAUAAUGUAUUAUAAACCACUUUGCUCAUGUAAGCAAAAAUAAUAAAAGCAUGAAUGUUCAAUGUA